AUGGCAGACUUUGCGGAGAUCUUAAACAUAGUUGGGGAUUUCGGCACGUUCCAAAAGCUUUUACUUUUUGCUGUUUGCUUCCCGGUAGCUGUUUUACCUUUUCACUUUGCCAGUGUCGUUUUUAUCCAGUCAGAUCCGGAGCGCCACUGCAACACCGACUGGAUACUUGGGGCUGACCCGAACCUGAGCUCCGGCGAGCAGCUGAACCUGACCGUACCCCGGGAGCAGGAUGGGAGCUUCAGCCGGUGCCAGAUGUUCGUUCCUGUGGACUGGAACAUCAGUGAGAUCAGACAGCGUGGACUCAAUGAGACCACUGAGUGUGUGAGCGGAUGGGUGUACCACAGCUCGCUCUACACCUCCACCAUAGUCACUGAUUUUGAUCUGGUUUGUGAGCGUGCUCAUUUAUUACAAGUGGCUCAAACCGUCUUCAUGGCUGGAAUCUUGGCUGGAUCUCUCUUGUUUGGACCAUUGGCUGAAUCGUUUGGUCGCAAAUGGGCCACUCAGAUUCCAGUCUUUGUGAAUCUGAUAUUCUCGAUGACAACAGGACUAUGUCCCAAUUUCUACUUAUAUCUGGCAUCCUUCUUUGUUUUGGGGAGUGGAUACGGAGGCUAUAGAGUAAACGGAAUUAUUCUGGCCACUGAGUGGACUGGUGCAUCCAAAAGAUCUUGGGCAGCAUGUUUCACUCAAAUAGCAGCGGCACUCGGGCAGUGUGUCCUGGCUGGUCUGGCCUAUGUGGUCAGGGACUGGAGGCUGCUCCAGGUCAUCACUGCAGCGUCUUUUGCAGUGGUGGCCAUUUCCAUCAGUUUCCUUCCUGAAUCUGCUCGCUGGCUGCUGAACCGAGGACGACAAGAGGAGGCCAAAGCUCUUCUGGCAAGGGCCGCUGCCAUCAACAAGCGUCCUGUGUCUGAAUCCGUGCUGCAAAAGAUUGCUGAGAAAGAAGGUGUGGAAAACCAGCGUGCCCUCGUCCUCAUCCAGUCGCCUGUACUGAGAACUCACUUUCUCACCAUUUUAUUUGCGGGGUUUGCUCUGAAUAUUACGUACUUCUCUCUGACCUUGAAUUUGGGGAACUUCGGGAUGGACAUUUUCGUGACGCAGCUGAUGUUUGGGCUGAGUGAACUGCCGGCACACUUGCUUUGCAUCUGGCUGAUAGAAUUUCUGGGUCGAAGACUGACUGUGGUCGCAACUCUUCUGAGUGGAGGCCUUGUGUGCUUCCUCAUGCUCGCCUUUUCUCCAGAUAAUGCAGUUGCUAUGACCAUUUUAGCCACAGCUGGCCGUUUCUUCACUAACUGGGCCGCAACCGUCAACAACGUAUAUGUUCAGGAGCUCUUCCCUACAUCAUUUCGCCAAACGGCCUCAGGGUUGUACGCCAUCGGCUGCAGAACUGGAGGAUUGCUGUCGCCAGUGCUCAACAUGCUCGCCGCAUAUCACAGAUCUAUUCCCAUCGUGGGCUUCAGCAGCUUGACAGCGCUGAGCGGCGCUCUGUGUCUCCUGCUUCCUGAGACCAGACGGCUGGAGCUGCCUGAGUCUGCUGCCGAGGCUGAAGACAUCAGGAAAAAGUCCAAUCUGAAGCUGAAGAAAGACUUCCAUAAGCCCAAACACAUCCAAGCAACAAAACUGUAGAAUCCACUUUGGCACCUGAGUUUGGUUUCACUUAAUU